CAAAUGAAUACUCAGCUGUUACCAUUCCUAGAUGUGGUCCAGCAAGUCCAUUCAAAGGACAAUUAAGUACUAAGAGUAAUGCUUUCUGCAUCGACUCCUCUCAAAGUCUAACUAAUCAAUACCUGAUCAGAGACCACAUGGUGUUUCAUUAUAACAAAAUCCUUUCAGCCAAAGCAGCUGUAGACUGUUCAGUGCCCAGAAGUAGGUUGUCCAGCAUUAAAUUUGCUGACCAGCAAAGAAGAGAGAAACUGAAAAAGAAGAUAGCCAGGUGCGAAGAGGAAGUGAGUGUGGGUAAAACUGCCUCCAGAACCAGCUCAAGAGAGAGCGGAAGGCUGCUGAUAUCCCCUUUUGGAAAGAGUUUCUUGGAAGCAGAAGACAAAGACAGUCUCUUCCCUGGUGCUCAGCAGGCACAAUACCUAUCGAGAGCACUGUCUCCUUACAGCGAGCAUGGCUUGGUUCGCUCCAGUCCAGUAACAUACACCAGAAAAGGUUCUCGGAAUACAUCUAACUCAAGUGUCAGUACAUCAAGUACACCAAGAAAACGCUCUGGACGUUCAUGCAGUUGUUCCUCUGGUAGUUCUGUGAGCAUCAGUUGUUCCCAGAGACGUCAAGGAAGCAACUCCAAAGUACGCAGUGGGGAUCUUCUAGACAGGCACUCAGAAUUCUUUACUCAUAGCCGAAAACCUUUUACUCCACACAUCUUAAUAUCAGAUGCUAAAUCUUUCCUGUCAGGGUACAGGUAUUACAAUCCUGCUCAAAGGAAAAGGAAAACUAAAAAUCACUGCAAGCGACAUGUGGAAGCUCAAACACAGACUGAUGUGAUCAGCUUUCCAUCUGCAGACAAAGUGUUCGAGAGAGAGGUUACGGCUGAGCAACGGAAGAGCAUGUUGAAGGCUGAAGAUAGGAGAUACACUGUGCAUGAGCCUGAGAGAAGAAUAGCUGCUUUUCCAUACUCCUUCCUAAGAGAGACACCGUUGUAUUCUCAGCAGUCUUCUGCAAGGACCAUCAAGGCUGAAGAAGAGUUUUUAUAUUUAGCUUUCAUUGAAGAAGUAACAAAUGAAAUUCUUAGCCUUGGGCUAUUUUCUAACAGAGUUCUGGAACAACUGUUUGAGUGUCUCAUAGAAGAAAAUAAGAACCGUUUGGAUGAGAGCAAAAUGCGCCACUUGUUGGAUGUACUGAAAGCAGACCUCGGCUGCAGCCCGGGCAGCGAUGCGAAGUACAGCCACACAGGCUGGGAAGCAGAACUCUCACUGGAUUUGCGAGAGUUCGAUAUGAUGGAAGAGCUUGAGAUUACCAGUAAAAGUCAGGGACGAGGAAAAGCUACAAAAAGCGAUGAAUUCUUUGGGACCAUGGACUUCUUAUUAGAGGAACCAGAAAAAUGUGAAUCACCAAUAUUCAGGGAACACUCAAAGGAGACACUGGGCAAGGAUGACUUUUCAGAAGAUGUUGCUGAAAUGAUGGAUGCUGCAGCAGCAUCUGGUUCUUGUGUGAAAUCUGAGGAAGACAGAGACAUUUUACACUCAUGUGAGGCAACUUUAAACGCGAUUACUUGUGACAGGGGUUUGGAAGCCAAUGAGGAACUUGAUGAUCUUGAGGAAAGCUUUGCAAAGGCCCUUCGGAUCCCACGUGACUAUACAUAA